GCUAAAUUCCAUGUGCCACUUGAUUUUUUUACAAGUUUUCUCGCUCGAUUUGAGGCGUCAUGUGCUGCUGCUUAUUUGAUUCUUUCCUCCAUGCUUUGUUUGUUUAUGCCCAUGCCUCGGUCUCCGUGAUGUGAGAUAGAUUCUCUCCUCUUCCAUACUCAAAUCUUCUCAACACGGAUACAGUCAAUGUGCAUGCAUCAAGUUUUAGGAUUAUUUUUCCAUUGGUGCCGAAGCUGCUCUGCCUUCCCCCGAUUACUGUUCCCUCACAAAGUUUUGAACAGAGUUUCCAGCUCCUCUUCAUCAAUGGACUUGAACUGGAAGCAACACUGCUUAUGCUCUCUGUUCAGGGGGAUUAAACAGUUUCAGACAUGCAGCUACAGGAGCACCAAUCGCGCUUACUCCUCACAUACAGUAUCUUAAACAAAAUCAACACCGCUAAUUUCGCUCCGUGACAUGCUAACCAGUCGUUUGGGCGGCGAUAAAUAAACCGCACUUCCAUCCUAAUCCUUACACACCACCACCUGUCUUGCCGGAGGCAGCCAGGAAGAGGCCAAAGAAUUUCAAAAUCGGGGGCGCACGCAUGUGACCGUGACUGUUUGCAGAGGGCUCCAUUUUCUUGAUAAAACGCAGAUGGCUCCAUGGGCAACGCCUGUCCGGUUCUCGAGCUCGGCCAAAGGAGCCGCAGUGCGGCGGUGGUCCACCUGUCUCCUCCCGCCUCGCUAACCGCAUCUGUAAAGCCUCGUCGGCCCCGUGCUCGCAUAUCACGGGGGGCGAUUAAGUUAAGCUAAUGCGCCUCCUCUUUCCCGGCUCCUGCCCGCCUCUCCCUCUCUCGCUCGCUCGCUCGGUUGCUCCCCAUUCACUUCUUGUCGGUCGCCUUUGCCGCUUUCGGCCUCGGAUUCUUUGUUUCCCCGUUGCUUCUUGCUGCUUCUCUUCUCUUCUCUUCUCUUCUCUGCAUCUGGUUGGUUCAGCUCGCUCGAGCUGAAAUCUUCGACCUGUUUGAUCCGGAGCGGUUCUCUAGUUAACAACUUCGGAUUGGUUCUCAUCUGCUAGAGUGGAUUCGUCUUUGGUUUUGGUUUUGGUUUUGGUUUUCCCCUUGCAUUUGGUAUGAAGAGGGGCACUGCAACCUUGUGCCUCCUCUAGUCCAUCUGUACUUGACCAAGAUGCAUUUUCUGAGGUUAUAUUCGAGCAGUACAGCCGUGAGGAAUGGCUCCGUGGAGCACCCUGCUCGUGGCUCUCCCCUCGGAGCAAACAAGACGGGGCGGCCGACGAGGCUGGCUGGCCUGGACUCCGGCGUCGACGCGGCGGCGACCAAGUCGCCCACCGGGCGGAGCCCAAAGGUGGAGCGCCGCACCACCAUGAGCGCCGAAAGAGAGAAAAGGAGGUCACCCAUGAAGCUCUCGGAGCUGGAGUCCCAGCUCUCGCAGCUGCAAGACGAGCUCAAGAAGGCCAAGGAGCAGCUCCAUUCCUCCGAGAAUUCCAGGAAGCGUGCCCUGCAGGAGGCCGAGGAGGCCAGGGCGCAGGCGGCGGAGGCGUCGGCGCAGGUCCGUGACUCACAGGCGCAGCUCGCCGAGCUCUCCUCGGUCGAGGAGACCCGCAUAUUCGAGCUCCGCCGGCUGUCCCAGGAGCGCGAUCGCUCGUGGCAGUCGGAGCUUGAGGCCAUGCAGAAGCAGCACGAGGCGGACUCGGCCGCGCUCGUUGCGGCCAUGGGCGAGGUGCACCGCCUCCGUGUGCAGCUCGCCGCGGCUGCCCGCGCCGACCGUAAGCAGGAGGCGGCGGAGGCGCUGGCGACCGUGGACGAGCUCAGGACCAAGCUCACGGCGAGCGAGGAGGCCGAGGCGCAGGCGCGAGCAUUGCACGACGAGUGCAAGCAGCAGCUUGAGGCGAGCCGGGCCACCAUCGACUCGCUGCUCACCGACGGCUCCAAGCUGAUGGAUUCAUUCAGCCUCGUCGUCACGGAGCUGGAGGAGUCGCGCGCGAAGCUCAAGACGCUCGAGGAGGAGGUGGCGGAGACGACGUCGGCAAAGGCCGCCGCCGGCCAGCGCUGCAACUGCUCUGGCUCGGAGACCGCCGAGCUGAGGUCGGCGUUGGAGGACGUGGAGGCCAGGUUCCAGGAAGAGAAGAUCCUGAGUACCGUGGAGACGCAGUGCGCGUACGAGCUCAUGGACCAGAUAAAGGUUGAGGCCGACCUGCGGCAUGGCAAGCUUGCCACCGCGCUGGCGAGCGCCAAGUCUGAGGUCAUGUUCCUCAAGGCGAGCCUGUUCGACAGGGAGUCCGAGCUGAGGCGCGCCCAGGUCGCGACCAAGAAACUACAGGACGACGCGAGAACGAACAGCACGGCUGACGAGCUGAAAGCGCAGCUGCAAGGCGCGCUGCAGGAGAACGGGCAGCUGAAGCUCGAGCUGCAGCAGUACGAGUCCGAAAAGGUCCCGGUGAAAUCGGAGGCCGACGCGGCGGCGGAGGCGGCAAAGAAGGGGGAGACGGAGGCCGAGCUGAGGCGGCUGAGGGUGCAGGCCGAGCAGUGGCGUAAGGCCGCCGAGACCGCCAUGGCGUUGCUCACCGUGGGCAAGGGCGGGAACGGGAAGAUCUUGGACCGGGGCGAGUCGCUGGACGGCGGCAAGUACGCGGGCUUGUACGACGAGCUCGACGACGACGCGGCGGCGGCCAGGAAGAACGGUAACGUGCUCCGGAGGAUCAGUGGAAUGUGGAAGAAAUGAGCUGAUCGCCGGUCCAACUGAUAUCAGUGGAGUAGUAGCGUGGCUUGAUCGUAGGGAUCGAGUUGUUCAUUUUCUAUCGCUUGUAAAAUUGUUUUGCCGGUUCUCGUGGUGUAAAAACAUAGGAGUGAUUGUACUGAACGUGUUCAAAGAUGUAUCAUAUGCGGUAUAUGAUGAAUUGAAUCAAUUCAUCCGGGCCUGAAUGGUCAAAGAUUGGAACAUGCAUUCUUGGAAAA